CAGUGCGGUGGGUAAUGGCGUGCAGCAAAACAGAUAAAUUUGCUAUAGUGGGAGACCAUUGUUGCUGAUGCAUUAAUGCUUUCCACUAAACUAGUCCACAAGUACAGAGUGCCAGCUGAUGCAACUGCCUCUGGUUGCCUAGAGUUGUUUUUCAUGCACAUUGAUUUUCUAGACAAACGCUGCUUCGACGGUAGAUCUGGGGGAAAUAAUUAGCCUGUUUGUUGUAUGCAGAAGUUUGAAUUUCUGCCUUGAAGAGGAACUGACGUUAGCUAAAGCAGGUCAAUCAGAGAGAGAAAGAGAGAGAGAGCGAACGAGCGAGAGAGAGAGAGAGCUAACGCUAGAUCAGCCGCACUGCUAGCACUGCAGCCGUGUGUGCUUUCAUCUGCCUCCAAAGCUAAACUUCACUUAUUAACACGACUGGGGGAAAUAUUAUGCAUUUGAUGCACCUUUUUAAUUGUUCGUAACUCUGUAUUGCCAGUUUGGGGAGUUUGCAUCAGUGCAGGACUGUGUUAUUUGUUUCAGAUCAGUUGAGCUGAGUUAGCUUAGCUAUAGCGAGCAGCCAGCGAGCCCAAGUUCCUUCAAGCACCUUCGCGUUUCGCUGUCACGAUGCCUGCGAUGUUAGAGAAGGGCACGGUUGAGAUAUCGGGGAAAAGAAGGGGUAGAAACUCUGUGAAUAAUCCGACCAAAAGUUUUACUUCAAAUGGGAACAGCAACAAUUCAUGGGAGGAAGGAAGUUCGGGUUCCUCAAGUGAUGACGAGCACGGUGCAGGCGGGAUGCGAGUUGGACCGCAGUAUCAGGCAGUUGUUCCCGAUUAUGAUACCGAGGUAGCUAAGGCAAGCCAUGAGAGAGAUAAUCUGGGAAUGCUGGUGUGGUUUCCAAAUCCAAGUAUACCAGAGGCCAAAUUGGAUGAGUAUAUUGCAAUAGCCAAAGAAAAACAUGGGUACAAUAUGGAGCAGGCAUUGGGCAUGCUGUUUUGGCACAAACACAACAUUGAAAAAUCUUUGGCAGAUCUCCCCAACUUCACCCCAUUUCCAGAUGAGUGGACAGUUGAAGACAAGGUGCUGUUUGAACAGGGUUUCAGCUUUCAUGGAAAGACGUUUCACCGCAUCCAGCAGAUGCUUCCAGACAAGUCAAUUGCAAGCCUGGUUAGAUUCUAUUACUCAUGGAAGAAAACGCGCAGCAAAACGAGUGUGAUGGACCGCCAUGCGCGCAAACAGAAGAGAGACAGAGAGGAGAGUGAUGAUGAAGGAGAAGAAAAUAGUUCCAACUCUCCAAGGGAUGCUGAAUUAGAGCCAAAUAAGGAUGAGAAGAAAGAGGAUCUCAAUAAAACAAUAUUUGAUCUUUUUAAGGGAGCAUCUGGACCUGAGAAACAAGAUUCAAAACCUGCAGUUGUGCCGAAGCCAGCGAAUCUUGCAGAGAAGUCCAUGCAUGUUAAGAAGGAACCACAAGGAAUUGCUGGAAGGAACCUAAACAGGGCGAAGAAGAAACCUCCUAAAGGAAUGCAUUUAAACUCUGAUGAUGUGGCGGCAAUGUCUAGCAGCGGCCCAGCCGCAGUUAGUGUUCUGAGACAGCUGGAUAUGGAGCUCAUUGCCAUAAAACGACAGAUUCAGAACAUCAAACAGCACAAUAGUGCCCUCAGAGAAAAACUGGACACAGGCGUCGAUGAGUUUAAGCCAACUGAGGCUAAUCAGAAAUUUAAUACCCGCUGGACUACAGAAGAGCAGCUGCUCGCAGUACAAGCUAUAAGGAAGUAUGGACGGGAUUUUCAAGCCAUUUCUGAUGUGAUCGGUAACAAAUCUGUGGUUCAAGUGAAAAACUUCUUUGUGAAUUACCGCCGUCGUUUCAACCUGGAUGAGGUACUGCAGGAGUGGGAAGCUGAGCACGGUGUGGAGGGACGCAAGGGUUUAGAUGAAGAGAAGAUGGAGGUGUCAUCCGAAGAGGGAACCACCCCGGUGCCUUCAGAAAACCAGACAGAGGAACCAGUGGCAAUGGAAACACAGAACCCUUCAGUUUCCUGAGAUCUCCAACCGCGGUCAGACGAACUCAGUUUAGUUAAUAUCGCAGUUGUGCGUAAGAGGCAUUAAGGCUUCAAUAGCCUCAAGUGAAGUCUCUUCGUAAAGGACAUUCCUCCCCCCAUCCCGCUCCCUCUAACUCCCACCCCCCUAUUGACCCCAGGACUCUCACAGGUGCAACCGCAGAGGAGUGCAAACUUCUCAAACCUACUCUACAGAACUAGGAUCAUCACUGCCAACAGAAGUAGAGUUCCUGUCUGGUCUCUACCAAUCUGGUGCUCCAACAGAUAUAUUCUCCACAAUCUGUAAUUGGUCUGUUAUGGGGGAAUAAAACUCCCACAUACACAUCCCAA